CCUCUUCUUUAUUAAAUUAAUAACUUAGGUUCUAAAGAGACAGUGAGGCGUCCAUGCCUGCCAUCGCUCUCAAGCAUUUGUGACUGACGGUGUUAAAAGCUGCUGACAUGUUGUUUUAUUAUAUAAGUACAUUUGCAAUAAGCCAAUGAUCCAAAGAUUCAUGCAUGUAGCCACGGGGCUGGAGUCUGUCCCAACUAGUAACACAAAGAGACUCAAGCUGCACAAUUAACAAGCAGUUGUGUUUAACAAGAGUAAUUGCAAUUAAUGUGAUUGCUAGGAAGGUAGACAUUUUCUUAGAAUUUAUUAGCAGAUUUCAGUGUACGCGGGCACACCAUUCUGGUCCUGAUAGGGAUUUCCUCAGUAAAUCCUUCUGAGUCUGCAGGGUAAACAUGCUGUCACCAUUUGGCAGAGAAUUCAGUUAUUUUACCAAAGUGUUCUGGAAAAUGGAGACAAAAGGACAGACGAGUGGCUGCUGGUGUAUUCCCCUAUGCCAAUUAGUUGUGUCUUCUUGUGCUACCUCAUCAUUAUUUGGGUGGGGCCAAAGUUGAUGGUGAACAGACAGCCAGUCAACCUUAGAACGGUUUUGAUAGUUUAUAACUUUGCCAUGGUCUGCCUGUCUGCCUACAUGUUCUAUGAGUUCACAGCUUCUUCCUGGUUGGCAGGAUACAGUUUGCUGUGCCAGCCAGUUGACUACAGCGAGAGCCCACUGGCCAUGAGGAUGGCCAGAGUGUGUUGGUGGUUCUACUUUUCUAAAGUCAUAGAGCUGAGUGACACUAUAUUUUUCAUCCUGAGAAAGAAGAACAGUCAGCUGACCUUCCUUCACGUCUACCACCACGCCACAAUGAUCUUCAACUGGUGGGCUGGAGUUAAGUAUGUGGCUGGAGGGCAGUCGUUCCUGAUUGGUUUGAUCAACUCCUUCGUCCAUGUAGUCAUGUACUUGUACUACGGGCUGGCAGCUGUGGGUCCCAGCAUGACCAAAUAUCUGUGGUGGAAACGGUGCCUCACAUCUCUGCAGCUGCUGCAGUUCUUCAUAGUCUCCAUCCACACCACCUACAACCUGUUGGCAGACUGUGACUUCCCAGAUUCCAUGAACUCCGUUGUGUUGGCCUAUUGUCUUAGCCUCAUUGUGCUCUUUGGUAACUUCUACUACCGCAGCUACCUCAGCAAAAGAAACAAGGAUACGUAGAGUUACCUAAAUGUUAAAGAAAGAAAAAAUUGUAUUUUCAGUUUUCCUGUAUUUGUUUUAAACAUGUUACAAAUUUGUUUGUAUAGUUAAAGACUUUUCAGAAAUAACGAUGUGUCCUUUUCAGUAAAACUAUCUAUUGAUGCACAACAACCUUUCGCAUUGUGUAUCUAGCAUGCAACACCCCCAUGCCAAAGGAGGAACCCCAUUCAGCUGGCAGUCCCUUCUCCCAUCUGUUAUCUAGAAAUCCAACCAGACAAGUGGGUUAGAUUGUUUUAUUUGAGCCCCCUCGCGGCUAUAAAUUAAGUUAACCAAAUCUUCCUCCCUUACAUUGUAAUCCCCCACCGUCAUCAAUUAUUCCAGCCCCAUUGUUAAGCAGCAUAUUGGUUUUGACAACCUUCUGUUGCAAACUCAACAGGGGGCAGACGACGAACAUGAGAAAUGACUUUGAAGAGACAAAAUCAAAUGCUGCACCGCAGACGAGUCAUUGUGUUAUCCAUCCUCUUAUGACAGCCUCACAAGGUCAGAGAAUCCUCCCGUGCUAGCAGGAGGUUGUCAAAGCCGCACUGUGAAAUGCCACUCCUUCGCCGGCAGUCUCCUAUGAUAUUUUAGAAAGCAUCCUGUUGUGCAAUGAUAAUAAAAGUGAUGAAAAUCGA